CCCGCGCGGGCGGCCGCCCCUUCACCGCCUCCCGCCGGCACCGAGCGGCUCGCGGUGUCGGCACUGCCCGGCUGCCGCCGCCGUCGCCCCCCCGGCCCCUCCCGCGCCACCCGCGCCGGGACAUGGACUCCGACUCCUGCGCUUCGCCGUUCGCCCCGGAGGACUUCUCCCCCGGCUCCCGGCGGCACCGCACCGUGGAGGACUUCAACAAGUUCUGCACCUUCGUCUUGGCCUACGCCGGCUACAUCCCGUACCCGCAGGAGGAAACGCCGCUGAGGAACAGCCCCAGCCCUCCCAACAGCACUGGAGGCACGAUUGACAGCGAUAGCUGGGACCCCCGCUUCAAUGACACCCCCUCCUCUGUCUCCCUGCCCACCAAGAACAGAAAGAACUUUAGUCAGCUUAAGCGAGCGAAACCGUAUGGUUCCCUAUUCCAGCGGGCAAAGGCCAGCAACUUCCUGCCAGAGCGAAAGCAUAUCGAUAAGAUCAGGAAGAAGAAAAAGCUGAAAAGGAGGGAAACAGAGGUGUCUGCAGAGGAGGACUAUGAGGAGAAGCUGCUGGACCUGGAKGCAGAGGACUCUUACGCAGAGACACCGAUGAGCCCCUCAUCAGAGGGUGACCCUCAGUCUGUGACUGAGCACUGCUCGGUGUGGGACUCUGACACCCCAUCCAGUGUCUCCUACCCUGCCGUGACAGCCGAGCAGACAGUGGAGAUCCAGAGCGUGGGCAAACGAACAGUCAUUCGGCAAGGCAAGCAAGUGGUSUUUCGGGAUGAGGACGGUAUUGGUGAUGACGAGGACAUCAUGGUAGAUUCAGAUGAUGACUCGUGGGACCUAGUCACUUGCUUCUGCAUGAAGCCUUUUGCYGGGAGGCCGAUGAUCGAGUGCAACGAGUGCCACACCUGGAUCCACCUCUCCUGCGCCAAAAUCCGCAAGUCGAACGUCCCAGAGAUCUACAUCUGCCAGAAGUGCCGGGACUCCAAGUUUGACAUUCGCCGUUCGAACCGCUCCCGGACGGGCUCGCGCAGGCGCUUUCUGGACUAGCGGGGAGGCGCGUGCUGGUGCGCUGCGUGGGCGGGCGAGCUGUGGGUGCUGGCCGGGAGGCCGGGGAGGGCUCCCCCGAACUGCUGCUGCUCAGGCGGGACGGCUGCCCAGCCCGGCYUGUGGCCCAGGAACGAGCCACGGGCAGCUGGGGCUGGGAGAGGCCGGCUGGGCAGAACUGCAGCGAGAUGCCGACUGUGGCUUGAGGGACAUGCAAAGCUCUCUGAGCCCGGUGGAGUUUUGUCUGGUUACGAUGACUGGGUSAUGUACAAUACCUUUGCCACGUAGGUUUUCUCAUCCUAUUGGGAAACUGCAAAUCUUCUCUGUGCUAGGAAACUCCUCCUCCUCCUCCCAAAAAAGGGGAGGGGAGGAGGAGGGAGUCUGUGUGAAGAGUCUGAAAAGUAAAUGGCCCUGUGUUUUAAAUUCAAUGUGAUAUUAUAUCUGCCCAUUUGUCCAUAUAGAUCAAUCUUAGAUAUCCUAAGGCUCCGUAGGAGUCAGCCUCAGUGCUACUGGCCUCUGCGAUCUGCUGCCGCUUCCACAGGCUUSAGCAUAGGGGAGUUCUGUCAUUUGGCAUCAUCCAAGUGCAAAUGAGACUCGGAGCUCCCGCCUGUGCCAAGGGACAGUGCCCUGGCAGGAAAGAGCAGCCCUUUUCCUGGACAGCACGGGAGAUCAGCGGCAUCGGAUUCCUUCCUUGAAAGUCUCUUCUUACAGUGAAUUUUUCGUGAUUUAUUUGCAUGAUCUGCUCAAAUGCGUGUAUGGGGGGAAACAGCUCAGUUUCCUGUCCCUUCAUUAACCUCUACGGUGCUGUUUUAAGAAGAUGACUCUCCCUUUUCUCAGCCCAGAAUUCAAACGUGGACUGUAAAAGGGGCCAAAGCAAAUGUAGAACCUGGCAGGUCUGGUUUGGGAUUUGAUCAUGUCCAUCCCAAGUACGACAGCUGAGUUGAUUUUUGUUUUCUGUUUGAGACUGGACUGUAACCAAAAAGCCAGAAUCUUUAUUGGUAGCAAUGACACAGAUCAAAGUGAAUGCAGGCAAUGAAGCUACAGGAUGAAGUGCAAUGAGGAUCCGGCUGGUGCAGGGUGGACAGGAGAGCACUGAGGCCCUGGCCAGCACUGCAGAAAGGACCUCCUCGGGCUUCAGCCCAAGGGAAAUCCCAGCAGGACCAAGAUGGAAGUCACAGCUCAUACACAAGGCGAGGGAGUUGCUGGCAUUGUUCCUCGAUCCACAUGGAUCACAUAAAUUGAUGUUUUGAGGUGUUUCUCUGAAGUUAUGCCUGAGGAACAGUGCGUGCUCUGUCCUGUAAGACUGAGGCUCAGGGAAGCACUGGCUGGUACAGCGGCUGCAGCCAGAGCAGCUGUGCCAGCAGGAWCAUGUCCCCAUGAGUUCUGCAGUCACACAGCGUUGGAGCACUGCCUUGGCUGAGGACUGGCUCACCAGGAGAUGCGUCCUGGUGAUGGUGACUGAGGGUCUUACUACAACACAGGGUCAGGUGCCCUCCAGACAUCGACACUGCCAAAGGCUCAGGCAGCCCAAUAGCCAUGGGGCUCCAUGGUGUAGGACAUGGUGGCACCUGGGGCCGGGUGACAGAACUGCAUGAUAUGCAACUGUUCCCUCCUGGUUCUUGAUAAAAGUCUUGUUCCACCUGUAACAGCUGACUCUGGGUUAAAAAAAAACCAACUCCAGCUUCUGUGAAAUCUCACAGCCACGAUUAUGCUGCGCUGCCUUCAGAAGCUAUGUGGAACCACCAAGGAGUUUGCCAAAGACUCGCCCCUGAUGGCUGCCCAAAUGUCCUCUGCAGCCAGAAAAAUAACCAAAGUUCUCCAGUGCUGCCAUUUCCCCAGAAAUGCUUUGGAAGAUCCCGGCUGCAAUUGCGCAGGGGUUGGACCUGGUCUGAAAUUGGUAUCUCUGUGUUUACAACGUAUCUGCAGUUCARCUGGACCUCCGUGAAGUGUGUUCCUGAAGCUUUUAUGGCAGAAAUGGUGCACUGUCAAGUUAACUGGCUCUUUUUCACAGAGGUUCAACACUAAUCAAUGUGACUGACUUGUUCUGUUCCCUUUUCAGAUUUAUCCCAGUGGAUGGUGUCCAGCACAUUACAGUAUCAGCAGAGA